AUGCAGGCAGCCAAUGGCGUACUAGUUGGACCGUGGGGAGGUAAGGGUGGAGUUAAUCCCUGGAUAUUCAUCCCUAGUGGUAGGAUUUGCGAGAUCCGUAUCAGCACCUCUGGGUGUGUAGAUUCUAUCAGGUUCACCUACAUAGAUCAUCAAGGGGUCCAAAAACACUCGGAAAGAUAUGGAGGUGAUGGUGGUUCAGCUCAAACGGUUACAUUUAUUGACGAUGAGCACUUCAUCGGGAUUACUGGAACUGUGGGAGUAUAUGAAGGCUACACUGUGAUUACGUCAUUGUCUUUCCUUACCAACAAAAAGAACUAUGGGCCAUAUGGUACAAACAAAGGGACUAGUUUCUCUCUUCCUAUCACUAAGGAUAGCUUUGUUGGAUUAACCGGAAACUAUGGAGCAUACAUCGACUCUUUCAGUGUCAUUCUUCAAUCAUCUUCUGUUGGGAACAUAUUCAGCACAAACAUGGCAAGCAAUAAAAUAUAUGUCGGACCAUGGGGAGGUAAGGGUGGAGUUAAGCCCUGGACAUUCAUCCCCAACGGUAGAAUUUCACAAAUUUGUAUCAGCGCCUCUGGAUGUGUAGAUUCUAUCAGGUUCACCUACAUAGAUCAUCAAGGUGUGCAAAAACAAUCAGAAAGAUAUGGAGGUGAUGGUGGUUCAGCUCAUACGCUUACACUUGUUGACGAUGAGCACUUCAUUGGGAUUACCGGGACUGUGGGAGUAUAUGAGCGCUACACUAUGAUUACAUCAUUGUGUUUCCUUACCAACAGAAAGAACUAUGGGCCAUACGGCACAAACCAAGGGACUAGUUUCUCGCUGCCUGUUGCUAUGGGUAGCUUUGGUGGAUUCAGCGGAAACUAUGGAGCAUACAUGGACUCUUUCAGUGUCAUUCUUCAAUCUACUUCCCUUGAGAACAUAUUUAGCUCAAACACGGCAAGCAAUAGAAUACAUGUUGGACCAUGGGGAGGUAACGGUGGAGUUAAACCUUGGACAUUCAUCCCUAAUGGUAGGAUUUUCCAAAUCCGUAUCAGUACUUUUGGGUGUGUUGAUUCCAUCAGGUUCACCUAUAUAGAUCAUCAAGGUGUCCAAAAACACUCGGAAAGAUAUGGAGGUGAUGGUGGUUCAGUUCAUACAGUUACAUUUGUUGACGAUGAGCACCUCAUCGGGAUUACUGGAACCGUGGGAAUAUAUGAACGUUACACUGUGAUUACGUCAUUGUCUUUCCUCACCAACAAAAAGAACUAUGGGCCAUACGGCACAAACCAAGGGACUAGCUUCUCAUUGCCGGUCGCUAAGGGUAGCUUUAGUGGAUUCGGCGGAAACUAUGGCGCAUACAUCGACUCUUUCAGCGUCAUUCUUCAAUCAUCUUCCCUUGGAAAAAUAUUCAACACUAACAUAGCAAGUAAUGGAAUACAUGUCGGACCAUGGGGAGGUAACGGUGGAGUUAAGCCUUGGACAUUCAUCCCCAAUGGUAGGAUUUCCCAAAUCCGUAUCAAUGCCUCUGGGUGUGUAGAUUCUAUCAGGUUCACCUACAUAGAUCAUCAAGGAGUGCAAAAACAAUCGAAAAGAUAUGGAGGUUAUGGUGGUUCAGCUCAUACGGUUACAUUUGUUGACGAUGAGCACUUUAUCGGGAUUAUCGGAACUGUGGGAGUAUAUGAAGGCUACACCGUGAUCAGGUCAAUGUCUUUCCUUACCAACAAAAACAACUAUGGGCCAUACGGCACAAACCAAGGGACUAGUUUCUCGCUGCCAGUUGCUAAGGGUAGCUUUAGUGGAUUUAGCGGAAACUAUGGGGCAUACAUAGACUCUUUAAGUGUUAUUCUUCAACCCUCUUCCUUUGGGAACAUAUUCACCUCAAACAUGGAGAACAAUAGAAUACAUGUUGGACCAUGGGGAGGUAACGGUGGAGUGAAGCCCUGGACAUUCAUCCCGAACGGUAGGAUUUCCCAGAUCCAUAUCAGCGCCUCUGGGUGUGUAGAUUCUAUUAGGUUUACCUAUAUAGAUCAUCAAGGCGUCCAAAAACACUCAGAAAGAUACGGAGGUGAUGGGGGUUCAGCUCAUAUGGUUACAUUUGUUGAUGAUGAGCACCUUAUUGGGAUUACCGGAAAUGUGGGAGUAUAUGAAGGCUAUACUGUGAUUAGGUCAAUGUCUUUCCAUACCAACAAAAAGAACUAUGGGCCAUACGGCACAAACCAAGGGACUAGUUUCUCGUUGCCGGUUGCUAAGGGUAGCUUUGGUGGAUUUAGCGGAAACUAUGGGGCGUACAUCGACUCUUUUAGUGUUAUUCUUCAAUCUUCUUCCUUUGGGAGCAUAAUCACCUCAAACGUGGAGAGCAAUAGAAUACAUGUUGGACAAUGGGGAGGUAAUGGUGGAGUGAAGCCCUGGACAUUCAUCCCGAACGGUAGGAUUUCCCAGAUCCGUGUCAGCGCCUCUGGGUGUGUAGAUUCUAUCAGGUUCACUUACAUAGAUAAUCAAGGUGUCCAAAAAUAUUCAGAAAGAUACGGAGGUGAUGGUGGUUCAGCUCAUAUUGUUACAUUUGUUGACGAUGAGCAUUUUAUCGGGAUUACUGGAACUGUGGGAGUAUAUGAAGGCUACACUGUUAUCAGGUCAAUAUCUUUCCUUACCAACAAAAACAACUAUGGGCCAUACGGCACAAACCAAGGGACUAGUUUCUCGCUGCCGGUUGCUAAGGGUAGCAUUAGUGGAUUUAGCGGAAACUAUGGGGCAUACAUAGACUCUUUAAGUGUUAUUCUUCAAUCCUCUUCCUUUGGGAAUAUAUUCACCACAAACAUGGAGAGCAAUAGAAUACAUGUUGGACCAUGGGGAGGUAACGGUGGAGUGAAGCCCUGGACAUUCAUCCCGAACGGUAGGAUUUCCCAGAUCUGUAUCAGUGCCUCUGGGUGUGUAGAUUCUAUUAGUUUCACCUAUAUAGAUCAUCAAGGUGUCCAAAAACACUCAGAAAGAUAUGGAGGUGAUGGGGGUUCAGCUCAUAUGGUUACAUUUGUUGAUGAUGAGCACCUUAUUGGGAUUACCGGAACCGUGGGAGUAUAUGAAGGCUAUACUGUGAUUAGGUCAAUGUCUUUCCUUACCAACAAAAAGAACUAUGGGCCAUACGGCACAAACCAAGGGACUAGUUUCUCAUUGCCGGUUGCUAAGGGUAGUUUUGGUGGAUUUAGCGGAAACUAUGGGGCGUACAUCGACUCUUUUAGUGUUAUUCUUCAAUCUUCUUCCUUUGGGAGCAUAAUCACCUCAAACGUGGAGAGCAAUAUAAUACAUGUUGGACCAUGGGGAGGUAACGGUGGAGUGAAGCCCUGGACAUUCAUCCCGAACGGUAGGAUUUCCCAGAUCCGUGUCAGCGCCUCUGGGUGUGUAGAUUCUAUCAGGUUCACUUACAUAGAUAAUCAAGGUGUCCAAAAAUAUUCAGAAAGAUAUGGAGGUGAUGGUGGUUCAGCUCAUAUUGUUACAUUUGUUGACGAUGAGCAGUUUAUCGGUAUUACUGGAACUGUGGGAGUAUAUGAAGGCUACACUGUUAUCAGGUCAAUAUCUUUCCUUACCAACAAAAACAACUAUGGGCCAUACGGCACAAACCAAGGGACUAGUUUCUCGCUGCCGGUUGCUAAGGGUAGCUUUAGUGGAUUUAGCGGAAACUAUGGGGCAUACAUAGACUCUUUAAGUGUUAUUCUUCAAUCCUCUUCCUUUGGCAACAUAUUCACCUCAAACAUGGAGAGUAAUGGAAUACAUGUUGGACCAUGGAGAGGUAACGCUGGACUGAAGCCAUAAACAUUCAUCCCGAACGGUAGGAUUUCCUAGAUCCGUAUCAACGCCUAUGGGUGUUCAGAUUCUAUAACGUUCACCUACAUAGAUCAUCAAGGUGUCUAAAAAUACUCGGAAAUAUAUGGAGGUGAUGGGGGUUCAGCUCAUAUGGUAACUAAGCUUUCGUUACAUAUAUAAAAUAGCUAAAUAGGUACUUGUCACAACUAGCAUUCUAGCUAGGAAAUUCUGUACUCUUGUAAACAUUAUCUACUAUAAACUCGUAACCCUAAAUCAUGUUAUGCUUGAAGUUCUUCCUAUGGAAACAAAUUCAAACCCAGAUUCACCAAGUAAUGUUGAAAACCCUAAAAAUCCCGGUUUAAGCCUAUUAUAAACUAGGAUUUUCUUAUUGGGCCUAAUGGACCAAUAAGCCGCCAAUUUGACUAUGUUGGGCUUAGAACCUUAAAAUGGGCCAUAAUUGGACUCACA